UCUUGGGUGAGUAAGGGGAGUGAGUUGAUGUUUGAUCGAAGCAGAGUGGACCAAAGUACGAGACAUGUGGCCUGAUCUAGACUUGGGUGAAAGGGCAAAAUACCUUUGCAAACUUAUACACUCUGGCUGCUACACCAAAAAGCUUUUAACCAUGCGUUGGCAGUAUCUAAAUCAAGAGGAAAUAAAUGGAUUCGACCGAUACAAGUAUAAAUCAAUGGACACUUCUCCUGUUUCCAACUACAUCACUCAUCCGUUUUGGAACUUUAUUGUUGAGUAUUUUCCCAAAUGGCUUGCCCCAAAUCUGAUGACAUUCACAGGCUGGGGAAUGCUUUUUAUGGUAUAUGCAGUGACGUCUUACUACGACCCCCACUUAAAGGCUGGCCUGGGGCCACACACCGGCUACCAAGUUCCUGGAUUCUGGUGGAUGAUUUUUGCUGCGGCACAGUUUAUCGCCCACACAUUAGAUGGCUGUGAUGGCAAACAAGCUAGAAGGACAAAUAGUAGUUCGCCUCUAGGAGAGUUAUUUGACCACGGACUGGACAGUAUGGCUAUCUGGCUUAUCACACUUUCCCUAUUCUGCAUAUUUGGUCAUGGCUCACCUAGUGUCACAAUGCUGGAGUUAUACAUCAUGUAUUUUAUUUGCCUCAUGGGGUUCUUUAUUGCUCACUGGGAGAAGUACAAUACUGGAAUGUUAUACCUGCCAUGGGCAUAUGACUCUAGUCAACUGAUGAUUGCUUUAGUGUAUGCAGUUACAUGCUUUACUGGUGUAGAGUUUUGGAAGAGUGGGAUUCCAUCUGUUGGUAUAUCCUAUAUGAAUGUGUUCAGGGGAACAGUCUAUGGCUCAUUCAUCACUAUUACUCUUCCUAUGUGUAUCUUCAAUGUAUAUCAGGCUCAUGUAACAAAUACCUGCCGAUCUAUUACCCCAUCUGAGGGAAUGAUGCCGUUUUUACCAAUAGCUGCGCAGUUUUUGCUAUUUACCACCUGGGUUCUUAUUUCUCCAUCCAAUGUCUUACUGAAUCAGCCAAGACUUCUCCUGUCUGCCAUUGGCAUAGUUUUCUCAAACAUAACAUGUCGUCUUAUUGUCAGUACAAUGUGCGGCGAGCCGUGCGAGAGAUUCAACAUCCUUCUCUACCCGUUAGCUGCUAUUCUCUUUGUUGUCCCGUUCCUUAAAGCGGAAGGCACUGAAGUCACUGCUCUUGUAUUCUACACUUUCCUAGUUGCUGUACUUCACGUGCAUUAUGGGAUAUGUGUGGUGAACCAGCUCUGUGAUCAUUUUAAAAUUCGUUGCUUCUCCCUGAAGAAACCUUGAAUAAACGACAAUACAAUACGAAAAUGUAUGUGUGGGAAGUUAUAUAUAAAGGCUAUAAGAUCUGGUGCUGAUAUCCAAUGGAGGUCAGAUAAUUUCUAGGAUUUUAUUUUGAACAAUAGAAAAUGUGAAUCAAUGUGAAAUUAUUACGAUUGCUUCAAAAUAUUGUGAUAAAAAAAUACACCUUUUCCGCAAAAA